AUGGAUCCGUCAUCUGGCGCCGCUGCCGCUGGCGCUGGCGCUGCUGCGGCGCCUGCUGUCACUCCCUCCAUCGCCUCGCCAGUCCCAGGAAGUCCUGCGCCCAAGCCCCACGAAGCACACGAGGACGCUCCGCACCCGCAUCGUCCAGUGCAACCGCCACUUCGAAUAUCGGCUCUGUCGGCAGCGAUACCGCAUCUUGAACCACCCCACCACUAUCACCGCCCCGGCGACGGCGCCUCUCCGCUGCAUGUGCUGUGUGCCUGCGACACCUUCAAGGGCACCCUCCCCUCAGACAAAGUUGGUGAGGCGGUGGAGAAGGCCUACUGGCAGGCUUGGGCCCAGACACACGACUCCGCAACGGCGCAGGCACACGUGCUUCCAGGAGUCACGGCGCUGUCGGAGGAGGUCCCGGUGCCAUCGCCCACGUCUUCACCGCUGCAUCUGGUGGUACCGCCGCUGGCGGCAAGCUUGUUUUCUGCGCAGCACCCUUCUGCCCUCCCAGCAGACGCGGUGCGGUUUCUACACACACCAAUGAGCGACGGUGGCGCCGGUCUGCUGGACAGCGUCACCUACGCCACAACGCACGCGAGCAUGACGUGGGACACCGUGCCGGACCUGUCAUUGCCGGACGGCGCGUUGCGCCUGCAGCGUGUAUAUGUUCCAGCGUCCGUCCCGAUCACAGGCCCCCUCGGUGCCGCCAUCACGACGGACACCGGUGACGCACGAAGCGCCACACCCGCUUUCCGCGGGGUGUCCUUCGCCUGUGACGUGGAGAGACGCGUGCUUGUCGUUGAGAUGGCAGAGGCGGCUGGGCUGACGCGCAUCGCCCGUCCGCAACACCGACACCCAGGCCGCACGACCAGCUACGGUGUAGGUGAGCUUAUCCGCUACGCGUUGGGGUACAUGGCUGAGGCCGGUCAUGCACAAGCGGAGGCGCACGUGACCUCGAAAACUCCUUCCCCGGACAGCGCGCCGGGUAACUGCGGGGGUGUGCGCCUGUUCCUGGGCAUCGGCGGGAGCUCCACCAACGAUGGCGGACUCGGUGCACUGCAGGCACUGGGGCUGGAGGUCUUUGUGGACGCCGCCCACGCCCGCGCGACGGACUGUGGCCACGACGGUGCCCGACACGCGCGUGCAUCGCCGGCGGCGUCAGAUACUCAUGUAGCUCCGACUCAUGCUGACGACGUCGCGGAGGUGCGCCUCGCGAGACCCUUCCGUGGCGAGGACUUGGCCCACGUUACCCGUGUCUGCAUCGGCGCAGAGAUGCAGCACAUCUUUCCAUACCUGCCUGAGGCAGCGACGCCACCUACCGCGACGCGCACGAAAGGCGAUGGUGCGCAUGCCGUGCUACCGGCGCCUUCUUCACCGUCACCUGCGAGCGCGUGCUACAUCACGGAGGUGUGCUUGAUCUGCGACGUGGACAACACGCUUGUUGGCGCGCGCGGGGCAACGUACACCUUCGGACCGCAGAAGUGCCCCGCGCCCCGCGCCGCUGCUCCGCCGUCACCUGCCACAGCUGCCGGUACACCUCCUGGUGGGGUGCAUGCGGAUAGUGCAGGGGUAGAAGCUGCCGAGGAUGCCGCGGUCGGCGCCGUCACUGCUGCCGCGCAGCAGCAGCAGAUUCUGGACUCGCUGGAGGCGGGCAUGCGGCACGCUUCCGCACGUGUCGUGGCGAGCGUGUGGCGGCCCCUUGCCGCUGCUGAUGCGACUUCGGCGGCCCACGCGCAACAUGCCGCGGGGGAGGCUAGGUACAAGGCCGCUGGCUCGGAUAAGGGAGAUGGUGUGGCAGAGGCGGCGGUACUGGAGAAUCUGCUAUACCGCCGAGGCGGUGGGGGCGCGGGGGGCAUGAGCGGGUUCUUCCGCUAUCUGCUGCAGGCACGCUACGUGCCUGGGGCGGACGUGGUUGGCGGUCUGCUCGGCCUGUAUGAGACCUCGCAAGUCGCGCAGCUGCUGAGGCAUGGGGACAGUGGCCCAUUCAAACAGGCUGCGGCAACUGCGGCGGAGAAGCGCGGUGAUGACGCGCGUCCGGUGCCGGGAAAAAGGUCCGCGCAGAUUUCUGGGCAGCCAACGGCGUUCUCCCUGCGACGCCCGCGCGGAUGUCUGUUCCACACUUGCGAUGUCGUUGUGUCAGGCGAGGGCUCCUUCGACGAGCAGACGAUACUGUCCCACAAGACUGUGGGCCGGCUGCUGGAGAUGUCCACGGUGGCCAACGCAUACCGCUUGUGGCACCAUUACUGUGACGACGUGGUGGAGGCUGAGGCGCCCUGGAGCGAACGGCGCGGGUGUCGCUGCAUCACUGACGUGGUCGUUGUGUGUGGCCGCUGCUGCUUCGACGACUACACGCACUUGCAGUCCGCUGUGCUGCAAGCCGUGUGCGCAACUCUUCUCCCGCUGCGCACCCUCGAUGGCUGCGCGGCGACUGCUGGUGCGACGUCGGCUCUUCAGGACGCAGACGGCGCCAACGCAGAUGAUGCGCGCCUGCAGAUGUAUCUGCAGGACUUGGUGGAGUCGUCAGCGUUUUGGCGCGCGUGCGGCGAGUCCUCUUGCGCCCCGGCGGACAGGCAAAGCUUGAGGCACGUGCUUUCGGCGUACUGUGUGCCGCGUGUGACGGUGCUGCCGCUUACGCCGACGUUGUUCCCUGUGUCGGCAGCGAUGCAGCGGCCGUACGCGUGCGUCGUUUCGGCAGUGACGCACUUACUCGAAGAGUCCGUGCGGCGCAUGACAAGCGCGCAAGAGGCAAGCGUGGGUGCGUGA